AUGACUCACCAGGGGGCCGUUCUGCAAAGCUACAACAACGAGCUUGUGAAAUUCGUGGAGGAGCUGCACUUGCAAAGGGAAGAGCUAAACAGACAAAUCGAACAGGAGGAAGAGGAGAAGAAGAAAGUCCAGGAGGAACUUGAGAUGCUGACAAAACAAUUGGCCUGCGUUUGUGAAUGUUUAGCGUGGAAAAUUGCUGCCCAGAAGGAACUCGAUAAAAUUCUUGCCGAAACAGAAAUUGCUUAUGAGAAGAUCUUGGGAAGCUCUAAGAUGCUGCUGAAUGUUUUGAAAAACGAAAUGCUGAAUCUGGACAAAACGAUUGCGCUAAAAAGUACUGCGUCUGGGGAUGGUCCCUUGUUUGCAGCUCAGUUAAAUCAACAUUAG